GAAUGAUAAUGAUGAGUUAUGGAAUGGUAAAGCAAAAGCUAUAUCAUUUCCGGUAACAUUUCCGCAGUAUAAUGAAACUUCUCAACAAUUUAUCUGCCCUCCCGCAGAAUACUCUGACUUAAAUUUACACACUACCUUUUUUUCCCAAUCCGAGGUUCUCAUCUCUAUCGCAUUCCUUAUUUUUACCAUAGCCAUUUAUGGUACAAAGUCUAUAUUUAGCUAUUCAAAAACCUGCAGGAUUGAUGAUAAUGUCAUUCUCAUUAGUUCUUUGGCUCCCAUCUUGCCUUGGUACACUCUCGCUAAACCAUUUUGGUAUGUGCCUUUAAUGUGUGUAGCCAUCAUGCUCGCCAUUUAUCAUUAUAAAAGUAAUAGCCAUUCCUGGUUGCCAAAAGAGGGAGAGAGAAAACCACAUAAGAGAUCACGUUUAAUAACCUCCAUCGUUUUUGCUCAUUUUUUUCAUUCGAUUCAAAUUAUAUGUUAUGAUUUUAUGGAAAGCUUUUUUUUUGAGAAGAUUAACACGUUGCCUCUCUCAGUUUUACUUGAUACAUUAGGAACAAUUAAAGAUAUUCAGAAGCAUGGUCACGGCGACAAGGUUUAUGCAGGAAUUGAAGUUAAAGAUAUUAAUGAUUUUCAAGAAAUUUAUAUUGAGUUUGAAGAAGGUGUUAAGUUAAAACAUUUCAAAGUUGGAUAUGUUGAUGAUGCGAAAUAUCUGUAUUGUGAAAACGGAAUCAAUUUGGAUAAUGCUAUAAAAAUCAGGAUCGAAAGGAUUCUUGAUAAAAAAAUGAAUGAGGGAGGAGAAAAUAUUGAAGAAAAAGAAAUCAUUAAAAUUGGAAAAA